AGGGUGAGAUGCCGCGAGACCAAACGGACCCCCCUCUCCUCAACCUCCACGCACUCUCUCGCUCUCCUGCCCAUUCCCCCCUUUAACCUUUUUCACCCUUAAAAGUACAACAGAUUCACCAAAAUGCCACUCAAAAGUGUAAAAUCUCGUUAAAUUCUCCAUCCCUGCAAGCUCCGGUAACCGAUCACCGGACCAGAAACCAAGCAACAUGCAACCGGGAGAGACAGUUUCCCGGUCAGCUCUAGAAAAACCCCUUCACCAACUAACCGAAGAUGACAUUUCUCAGCUCACUCGCGAAGAUUGCCGCCGUUACCUCAAAGAAAAAGGUAUGAGAAGGCCGUCGUGGAACAAAUCGCAGGCAAUACAGCAAGUGAUUUCACUCAAGACACUCCUAGAAACGACGCCGGAGACAGAAUCUCCAAGGCGACGACUCUACAUUCCCCCUCCUGAUAACCCUCCGCGUGCCCCUGCAAAUUCCUCUGUCUCGGCGAGUGGAGAAAGUGCCGAUGCACCGAUCUUGGUGUCAGCUGAGGAGUUAGUACCGUCCCGGCAACCCGAUCCCCCGAAUCCCGUUGUUCCCACUGAUCCUCCGCCUCCGGUGUUUGUCGCUGCCACCGAAAAUGAUUCCGUUUCUCCAAGAACUACAGGGGCGGCAAAAGAAUCAGCAGGACAGAUGACAAUUUUUUACUGUGGGAAGGUAAACGUCUAUGAUCAUGUACCGAGAGAUAAGGCACAAUUAAUAAUGCAUCUUGCUGCAAGCCCAUUUGCUCCACCUCAGGAAGCUUCUUCAAACGUAAUUCCAGCACUAUGGCCUAUUCCAUGUCAAUUAGAAACUCCAGGUGUCAAAGCAACUCCAAAUUCCACUGUGGUGAUCUUCCCAAACCUGCCAACAGUGAAAGGCGCGGAUGAUGGUCAGCUUCCCCAGGAAGAAAGCAACAUAGCUCGUGAAGACAACCUAGAUGCCCCGGAAAUCUGAAUGUGUGGAGGAUGAAUGUGUUAUGCAGCGCGACCCAUUUUGAUAUUAAUCAAGGCAGUAGAGUUUAGCUCACUUGGAAGAGUUUGUACUGUAAGGUAUAAAGUUUGUUGUAGUAGUUGCGGCCAUUUUUAAGUUAUUAAUGAGGAAACAAAUUCGAAGUGAAGAUCUAUCAACACCUCUCCACCCUUUGCGUGUAUCCCUCUCUAUGUUAAACGAUCAUGUGGUUGAAGAAGGGCAACGAUAGUGUGGUUGCGUGAGGGAGUGUUUAGGAUUAGACUAUGGAAGAAGUUUUUAAAAUUAUUUUUCACAUAAAAAUAUAUCAAAAUAACAGGGGAUUAGUUGCUGUGUAUAAGCCUGCAAGUCUAGAUAAGCAGACACCAUGAGAUCUGACAAGAUACAUGACAUGAAAUAUGAAAUGAUACCCACGAAUCUCAAUC